GGGCCCCGGGCUGAGUCGCCCUGCCUCGGCCACAGAUGGAGCUGUGUUCCCCUCUGGAGGAGUGAGUCAGUCUGCAGGAACCAGGAAGUGACUUCAUCCCGCUUCAGAUCCACGACAGAGAAGAGGAGCAGACAUGUCAGCCGCUGGUCCACAGUCAGAGCUGAGGCUGGUGGUGCUGGGCCGAACCGGACCAGGACAGAGCCCCGCAGGCUGGUCCAUCCUGGGCCUGCAAGACUCAGAGCAGGGCCCAGACCAAGCGGAGAGCCAGGCGUGUAAACACAGAGGAGAAGCUGCAGACAGACAGCUGGUGGUCGUCUCCGGUCCGGCCUGGUUCAGCUCCGGCUGCAGCCCCGAGGACAGAAGAAAACACAUCUCCUCCUUCAUCUCCCUGUCCAGCCCCGGGCCACACGCCUUCCUGCUCUGUGUCCCGGUGAACCAGCCGACCGAUGGAGAGGACAAGGCCCUGGACGCCCUGACCAAGCUGUUCGGCCCCUCGGUGCUCAGCAGACACACCAUCGUGCUCUUCACCCACACGGAGGAGCUGGAGGAGGACGAGCAGCUGGACGAAUACCUGGCCACGUGGCGCAAAGACCUCCAGGAGCUGGUGGACCGAUGCGGUGGCCGCUACCACAGCCUGGAGACCCGCAGCGGAGAAGAGGCGGGGGAGAGGGACGCUGUUCAGGAGCUGCUGGAGAAGGUGGAGCAGAUGGUGAAGGAGAGCGAGACGAGACACCUGAGCUGCCCUCUGUACGACGAGGCUGAGGAGAGAGUGAGGGAGCGGCAGGUGGAGGUGGUGAGACGGAGGAGAGCCGAGGAGCAGGCGUCUCCCUCUGACUCCCAACCGGAGGAAGACGUCACGGAGGAGGAGAUGGAAUCAGUCCGAGACGAAGCAGAGAGGAGCGUGGGCGUCCUGGAUCUGGACCUAGGUGAUAUCUUCCCGUCCACCAGCAUCACGCCUUCCCCCCCCUCCUUUCUCCAGGGCCUGUGGGAGAAGCUGAGGGACUGGUUGAAGUGGCUGCCUCAACUGGUGAGGAGGGAGGCCCUGCUGGGGGCCCUGGUCGGCCUGUUUAUGGGGGGGCCGUUCGGGGGCAUGCUGGGGGCCACUGUGGGUUCAGUGGCCACUGAGGUCGGUAGAAGGAAAACACAGAAAACGAAAUAACAGAUAAUCUGUUAUAGAUUAACGUGCACCUUAAAGUCACUUCACUGUGUGAUUAAGCUACAUGCUAACAGCUAGCACGUGUCAGGAUAGUAUUUACCACUGAAAUCCUGCAGGUAUUUAUAUUUUACCACUCUCUGUAUUAUCUAAACACUUUAUAUAGAAGUGGAGGAAGUAUUCAAACCAAGCUAUAAGAAAUGAUAAGUUAUUUAUUAUACCAAUAAAGUAACUAAAUAAAAGAAGUGUCGUAAACUCUGUGAAGAAACAUUCCCAAAAGUUUUUUUUUGCAAAACUAAGAAUCAACCACCAGAUGGAGACAUUGACCUUUUGAAUUGUACAAGUUUGAAAGAGACGUUUCACUUCCUGCUCGACCAAGCAAAUAAAAGCUGCUGUUCUCA